CACCAAUCCAACUCUCGAACAAUGCCCUCAAUAUCAGCUGAGCCGCCACUGCUCCCAUCAGCUUCCACCCUUCUCAGAGAAGUGCGCUCCAGCUGCACGCAAUGUAGCCUGGCCCUCGACGAAGCAGCUAUUGAUGCUCUCCUCCAAUCCAUAGCCUCUUCCUCCUACUCUCGCCAACCGCCCUCACUACGCGACUACUCCCUCUCCCUCCCCCUCCGCUGGGACUCUCUCGGCGCAGAACUCAACUUCAUCUCCCUCAUUGCCCUCCUCUCCAUCCUGUCCCCCCUCCAAAAGCACAUCGAUGCCCUCCCUUCUGACACGCCGGGCUCACCACCACCCAGCCCAGCCAUGCUAACCCGUCAACUCCUGCUAGGCCUUUACCUCUCUGCCCCACCCUCCAAUCACCUCUCUGCCCCCUCCCCACUCUCCGCUGGCCAUCUUGCCGGGAUCCAGGAGAACGAGGUAGCAGAGGUGCUCAACCUCAAGAUUCACGUGGAGAGGAAGGUGGAGCAUAUACCCGUUGCCACGUUGGCUGAGCGUGGGGGUCCGGGGAGUGAAGUGGUCAAGAGGUUGACGGAGUGCUUGAAUCGGGUAGGCAAGAGGUUGGUGGAGAGUCGCUACGUUGAUUUGGGGGCUUUUGUUGCUGAGACACUGCGGCAGUGCAAGGGGAUGGGGAGCGAGGAGGAGGCAAUGGGGACGUUUGUGCGCCGGCUCGCCUCGUUCCUUCCCCUCGACUUCGGCGCCGAUUCGUACACUGUCUCGCACCCGCAACGAGGAGGAGAAGACGUCCCGCUGCAUCUCUACAAGAACGCCUGGUACCUCCUCUGCGCACUCGUACUGCGCUUCUCGGGCGCGGACGAGGAGGAGAGGAGCAAGCUGCCUUGGCUACCGACGACUUCGAGUCUGGAUGAGGACUUGCCAUUGCUCGCGGACGGUUUUGUCGUCGAGAGCCUGGUGGCUCGAGGCGUUCUUCGACUUGAUGAAGAAGAGGGGUCUGCCUCUUCGCCGGGACUGGCCAAGCUGCGCAACGUGCUUUCGUCGAAGGGACAGGCUUCUGAGCAUGCGCAGAGGGUGGUCUUGACGGCAGACGAGUACAAUGUGCUUCGCGCCUCCGUCGUCUCAUUGGGCGAGGCUCUCAGGAAGCGACGAGGAGAGAUCAAGGAGCAGGGGGUCGCGGUUACGCCUGCGCGACUGGACGCAUGGCUUCGUCGAAGUGGAACGCCCGAGGCGCACCGCAAGGUACGCUUGAUCAUCAAGGACGAGGGCCAGAUCAGCGCCGCUGGCAUGUGGUAGCCGUGAGGGCACCGAGAGAGAAAAGAGCAUAUCGUGUACAAUUUGCAUGAUCGACGCACUGGUCUUGACGAGUUGGUUGCAAUAGAAUGGCUGCCUGCCUGUCGCGUUCUCAGCUUCAAUCAAUCUCCAUGCCUCCG